AGGCAGACCGUAGAGACCUCAGUUCUGUGGAGGUAGAGAGAGACGCGCCAGUGUGACAGCAUGGUAACUGAGGAGUGAAACAAGUAAUAAACAUGGUGUUCGAGUCGCUGGUGGUGGACGUCCUGAACAGGUUCUUGGGGGACUACGUGGUGAACCUGGACAGCUCACAGCUAAAGCUUGGAAUUUGGGGAGGAGAUGCAGUGUUAAGAAACCUUGAAAUAAAGGAAAAUGCACUGAGUCAGUUGGAUAUUCCUUUUAAAGUUCGAGCUGGGCACAUAGGGCGGCUGGAGCUGAAGAUUCCAUGGAAGAACCUGUACACCCAGUCUGUGGAAGCUACGCUGGAUGGAGUUUACCUGCUCAUUGUCCCCGCUGCCAGUAUAAAAUACGAUGCGGAGAAAGAGGAGAAGCAGCUGCAGGAGGCGAGGCAGAGGGAGCUGCAGCGGAUCGAGGAGACCAAACAGAAAGCAGCAGAGAAAGACGACCCCAAGCUGGAGAAGCAGGACACGUUUGUCGAGAAGCUGGUGACUCAGGUGAUAAAAAACCUGCAGGUGCAGAUCUCCAACAUCCACAUCCGAUAUGAGGACCAGGUAACCAACCCCAACUGCCCAUUGUCCUUUGGAGUGUCACUUCAGAACCUCAGCCUUCAGACCGCGGAUGAGAACUGGACUCCGUGUCUGUUGGAUGACAAGGCCAAGCUCUUCUACAAGAUCGUUCGCCUGGACAGCCUCUUCGCCUACUGGAACGUGAACUCCGAGCUCUACUCCAAUCACAUGCCGGACGAGGCCCUGAGGUGCCUGAAGGACAGCAUUGCCGUGCAGAACCACAUUCCGCAGGACUAUGACUUCAUUUUCCGGCCGAUCUCGGCCCGGGCGAAGCUGAGGAUGAACCCGCGCUCGGACCUGGACUUCUCAGCGCCCAAAGUGGACCUGGUGGUCAACCUGCCGGAGGUGGCGGUGGAGCUCAACCGGCUGCAGUAUGUGAGUAUCCUGGAGCUUCUGGGGUCCGUGGACAUGAUGUCACGCAACCUGCCCUACAGGAAGUACCGCCCUGACGUGCCCGUGCACACCAACGCCUACCAAUGGUGGCGGUAUGUGAUAACGGGGAUCCUGGAGGUGAACGUGAAGCCGGCCCUGCACAUGUGGUCCUGGAAGCACAUGAGGGCUCACCGCAAGAAGGUCAAGCGCUACCGAGAGCUCUACAAGAUCAAGAUCACCAGCAAGAAGCCCGCGGAGGACGUCCUGCGGGAGCUGGAGGAGCCCGAGAAAACGCUGGACAUCUUCAACAUCACGUUAGCGCGCCAGCAAGCGGAGAUGGAGGCGUCGAAGGCGGGGCUCAGGAUCUACCGGCCGGGGGUGAAGGUGGAGGAGGAGGAGUCCCAGGGCUGGUUCGGGUGGAUGUGGGGCUGGUCCAGCGACAGCACCGCCCCGAAGGAGGUCAAGUCCGGAGGGUUCGAUGAGUUCAUGACCCCUGCAGAGAAGGCCAGGCUCUACACUGCCAUUGGUUACAGCGAGACAGCUGUCAAUCACAACCUGCCCAAGAACUUUGAGGAUAUGAAGAUCAAUUUCCAGUUGAUAAGCAUGUCCAUUUCGAUCAAAGAGAGCAAGAGCAAGCCGGAAAUAAUCAGGCUGGCUGUGAUGGACCUCCGGGCCUUGUUGACACAAAGACCGGGAGCGCAAGCUGUUAAGCUCUCCGCGCAGCUGAACUCGUUCGAGGUGACGGGUCUCCCGCGGAACCGGAGGGCCCCCACCCUGCUGUCGUCCCGCACGGUGGAGCGGGCCAGCGAGGAGCCGCUGCUCAGCGUGAUGUUCGAGACCAACCCGCUGGACGCCUGCGCCGACCAGCGCCUGCACGUGCAGUCCCAGCCGCUGGAGAUCGUCUACGACGCCGUGACGGUAAACAGCAUGUCUGCGUUCUUCAUGCCACCGCAAGAGCUGCAGCUGGACGAGCUGACCUCCGCCACCCUCAUGAAGCUGGAGCAGUUCAGAGACCGCACGUCUACAGGCCUGAUGUAUGUCAUUGAGACCCAGAAGGUUCUGGAUCUGAAGUUGAACCUCAUGGCAUCCUAUGUCAUCGUUCCCGAAACGGGCUUUUAUGAGACCGCCCAGAACCUGGUGCUACUGGACCUGGGGCAUCUGAAGGUGACCAGUAAGAGCAGACAGGAGCUGCCCCAGCUGUGCGCGGGGCGGAACACGCUGGAGGACAUCAUGUCUCGCGCGUACGACAGCUUCGACGUGCAGCUCAGCAGCCUGCAGUUCCUCUACAGCAAAAUGGACGGAGACUGGAAGAGCGCCCGGCACCAGAAGCAGUCGGACCUGCACAUCCUGGAGCCGGUGGAUGUGAAGGUGCUGUUCAGCAGGGCCAUGGUGGUGACGGACUCCAGGAUGCCCAAGUUUAAGGUUUCGGGGGAGCUGCCCUUGCUCUCUGUGCGCAUUUCAGACAGCAAGCUGGGGGGCGUCCUGCGACUGAUUGACAGCAUCCCCCUCCCGGAGAGCCACCCCGCCCCCCGAACCACCCCCAUCCCAGCCUUGCCCAAGCCCCCCCGGCAGUCCUACACCCCCCAGUUGACCCCCAGGAAGCCCCCGAUGGCAGACCUGCGUAGCUCCCUAAUCUUCGAGUCCGGCUCAGAGGAGGAGCUCUUCUAUGAUGCUCCCAGCUCUCCGUUAGACGACAGGCCCAUGUUUGAUUUCCCGAGCGGCGGGCUCCAGCGCUCAGACUCUCAGAAGAGGAAGACUCUGGUGAAGAAGGACCCCAAGAAGAACAUGACAGACUUCCUCCUGACGUUUGAAAUCAGCCAGGUGUUGGUCCAGCUGUGCAGGGUGUCUGAGGGGCGUGAGAUCACUGUCCUGCACCUGGACAUCGAGGGCCUGGGGACCGAGCUGAAGCUGCGCACGUUCGACAUGUCCUCCAACACGUUCCUGAGGGAGAUCUGCCUCAAGUGCCCCGAGUACAUGGAUGGAGAGGAGAAGCCGGUUCACCUCAUCACCACUCUGGACAACACCGAGGAUGACCUUCUCACUCUGGAGUACAUCAAGGCCGACAAGAACGCUCCAGAAUUCAAGACCUUUUACAAGAACACUGAGCAGCUUAUAAAGGUCAGAAUGUUCUAUAGCCAGUGCCAAAUGUUAUCACAGUGUGAAUUAGCAGCACUGGGGCUGGUCCUCGUCACUCGUCACUUGAAUAAGUCUCCGUCUGUCUCUCUCUCACCCUCUCCAGCGCCUAAGAAGUCCAAAUUUGAGGAUGUGGUGAAUUUGCACAUCAGAGCGGAUCUGUCCUGUUUGAAGGUGUUCAUCCGGGGACAGAAGGCACGCAUCUCCGAGAUCAGCAUCGAGGGGCUUGUGUCUGAAGUGCAGAUGAAGAAGAAAGCAGUGGAGAUCUCGGCCAACCUGAAGAACAUCGUCAUACUGGAUUGUGACAAAGACGCCCUAUAUAAGAAGGCGGUGUCCAUCACGGGGAAGGAGGUGUUCGAUUUCCGCAUGGUCAACCACGUGGACGCCACGGAGGGCGACGCCUACUCGGACAUGAGUCAGGUGGACACCAGCGUCACCCUGACCGUGGGCUGCAUCCAGGUGGUCUUCCUCAACAAGUUCAUCUCCACCAUCCUGGCCUUCAUCAAUAACUUCCAGAUGGCGAAGGACGCGGUGGCGGAGGCGACGGCGCAGGCCGCGGAGAAGGCUGCCACGGGUGUGCUGGAGCUGGCCGAGCGGAGCACGCGCAUCUCGCUGGACAUCGACGUCAAGGCGCCCGUCGUCUUCCUGCCGCAGUCGUCCGUCUCCCGCAACGUCAUCGCCGCCGACUUCGGCCUGGUCACCGUGCAGAACCACUUCUACGUGGUGCCGUCCAAGGCGCACGCCAAAAUCCCCCCCGUCAUCGACGUGAUGAAGGUCGGGCUCAGCGACCUCAAAAUGUACCGGACCACGUUUGAGGGGGGGCGGUUCCAGACCGAGAUGCAGCUGCUCAAGCCGGUGAACCUGGACCUGUCAAUCAGGCGGAACCUCUCUGCAUCCUGGUACCACAGCAUCCCUGACAUCGAAAUCACCGCCCGCCUGAAGCCUAUGAGCAUGGUGCUCAGUCAGGAGGACAUGACGGUGGUGUUGAAGACUCUGAGUGAGAAUCUGAGUGAGACGUCCGACGCUGUCCCUCCUCCUCCUCCUCCUGCUACGGAUAAAUCCGACACCUUGUCUGCCAAGGACUCUCAGACGUCCCACCCUGGAGCCAACACCGUGGUGACGGCUGCAGUUGUGGAGACGCAGAAGAGCUCUAAGCUGAAGACCACGCUGAAGCUGGACUUCCAGUUCGACUCCAUGACCCUGGUUCUGUACAGCCCGAAUGACAAUGAGGCGCAGCUGCUGGACUUGCGGGCGGAGGAGCUGAAGCUGGCUGAGUUUCGGCUGGGCACCAUCUCCACGGCCGUGCAGAUGUACUCCGACAGCUCCAUGAAGGCGUCCGUCAAGCUGGCCAACUGCAUCCUGGACGACAAGCGGCAGAGGGUCAAAAUGAUCACCGCCAGGAUGCUGGAGAUGAAGCCGGGCUCGGACCGCAGCGUGAUGGUGGAGGUGAACUACAAGCAGGGCCGGGAGGGCACGGUGCUGGACACGCAGGUGCAGGACAUCUACCUGUGCGCCAGCAUGGAGUUCCUGCUCACCGUCGCCGACAUCUUCAUCAAGGCCAGUCAGCAGGGCUUCUCCGCCCCGCCCAAGACCACCAAACCCACCGCCUCCUCCUCCAAGGAGACAGCGCCAGCCCCGCCCGUCGUGGCUAAGACGGAGAUGAACGUGGUGGUGAAGAACCCGGAGAUCGUGUUUGUGGCGGACCUGACCCGGGCCGACGCCCCGGCCCUCGUCAUGACGACGCAGUGCGAGCUGCUGAUGCGGAGCGACCCCGAGGGCCAGAGCAUGACGGCGGCCGUGCGGGACCUGAAGGUGGUGGCGUGCCCCUUCCUGCGCGAGGGCCGGCGGAACAACGUCACCACCGUGCUGCUGCCCUGCCAGGUGUUCUUCCAGAGCACGCAGUCCCCCACCAGCCCCCAGGCCAUGGAGCUCAGCAUCAGCUCCCUCACCCUCAAGGUGUCCCCCAUCAUCAUAAACACGGUGAUCACCAUCCAGUCGGCGCUGUCCCCGGCCCCGGAGACGCCCCAGGAGCUGGCCAGCCCCGUCCCGCCCAACCUGUGGGACAGGAAGAGCUGGCAGGAGCUGAAGCUGUGGUUCCUGGAGGAGGACAGCGAGGAGGACGCCCAGAGCCUGGUGCCGCUGGUGCCCCAGGGCGAGUCUCUGCGCAUGGCCAUCAGCUCCAUCUGCCUGACCCUGGAGGCCGGCGUGGGCCACCGCACCGUCCCCAUGCUCCUCGCCAAGUCCUCCUUCCACGGGGACGUCAAGAACUGGAGCACGCUCAUCAACCUGGAGAGCAAGCUCAACCUGGAGGUGCAUUAUUAUAAUGAGAUGCUGGGGGUCUGGGAGCCGCUGCUGGAGCCUCUGGAGGAUGAGAAGAAAGACGGGUUCCGGCCGUGGACCUUGGGGCUCAAGAUGAAGAAGAAGCAGGUGAAACACGAACGUGAGUCGGACGAAGUGGACCACACCGUGCCCGACUACAAGACCGUCAUCUGCAUCAGCUCCAAGGACCAGCUCAACAUCACCCUGUCCAAGUGCGGACUGGGCAUGCUCAGCAACCUGGGCACGGCGUUUGCGGAGGCUGCCAGUCAGACAGCAGAUCACUUCCAGAAGGACGAGGCCCCGCUGGUGGUGAUGAACCGGCUGGGCCUGGCAGUGUCUGUGCUGCACAGCGAGACCUUCAGCCCCAUCGGCACUGCGUCCUCCAACCACCGGGUGGAGCUGCCGGACGGCGAGAGCCUCAACAUGGACUACACCUCCACCACCACCACUGACCAGUUCUCUGCCAUGACCAGCCUGAGCAGCAAGGACUACUUCAUACAGCCUACUCCCGUGGGGCACACGGCGGCCAGCACCAUCCCGCUGAUAAAGGUGGGGCGGAGCAUGCUCAGCGUCGUGCACAAGGACUCGGGCGUGACCCGCUACCUGGUGUGCCAGAUCUACUCUGCGGAGGGCAGCAAGUACGUCAAGAUCCGCUCCCCGUUCCAGAUGAUAAAUUACUUCUCCAUCCCGUUCCGGGUGUUUGAGGGAUCCACGCUGCUGGGCAUGGCGUUGCCCAAAGAGGAGUACUGCAUCCCCCUGGGCUCCUACAGGUCAGUGCUCAGCCUGCAGCCUGUAACGGAGACUGAGGAAGAGUACGAGGUGUCGGAGGGCUUCAGCUACGAAGGCUUGACCAAUCACACGGGCCAGUGCGUGCAGCAGACCUGCCGUCGCUCCGGCAACCCCGACUGCGUCAUGAUGAUCAACAUGGUCCCGCAGAAGGACCUGCUCACCUGCCACGGUUCCCACGGCAGCGAGGACACCUUCGACGAGCCCUACAUCCUCCAGCUGUGGCCCACCGUCCUGCUCCGGAACCUUCUGCCCUACCCGCUGACCUUCUCCCUGGAGGAGAAUGGAGACCACGCCCCCAGCACGCUGCAGGCGGGCCACUCUGCGCAGCUGCACCUGGCCAUCGUGGACCGGUCGCGGCUGCGCCUGCGUCUGCGCGACUACCUGACCCAGGACUGGCAGGGCGAGUACCGGCUGCAGACCGGCCAGGACGAGAUCGCCUUCACCGUCUUCCGCUCCGUCGCCCCCGACGACGGGCUGCCGGGCGCCGAGGGGGUGGAGCUGGACAUCGCCGUGCACGUGACCUACGACCCCGGCCAGACGGUGGUGGCGGUGCACUCCCCCUACUGGAUGGUGAACAAGACGGACCGUCUGCUGCAGUACAAGGCCGACGACAUCCACAGGAAGCACCCGCGCGACUACGACAAGCCCCUCCUCUUCUCCUUCAAGCCCCGCAACUUCCUGCAGAACAACAAGGUGCGACUCAUGGUGUCGGACAGCGAGCUGUCGGACGACUUCUCCCUGGACACCGUGGGCAGCUACGGAGACGUGAAGUGCAAAGGUCGCGUGAAAGAUUACCUGGUGGGGGUAAAGAUCGACGCCAGCAGCUUCAGUCUGACACGAAUUGUGUCCUUUGUGCCAUUCUACCUGUUGGUGAACAAAACCAAGCACACCAUCAAAGUGAGCGAGGAAGACGAGGAAAACUGGACCGAAGCCCCGCCGGACCAGGUGGCAGUGCCGUUCUGGCCCGAGAGGGACAGUAAGAAGCUCAAGGUGAAGGUGGAGGGCUGCCACUCCACCCCCCACACCGUCAACUUCCACAAACAGGAGAACUGCCUGCUGCUUCACCUGGACAACACACUGGGCGGGAUUAUUGUGGACGUGAACCUGACGGAACAUUCCACCGUGAUCCGCUUCUCCGACUACCACGACGGCGCCGCCCCCUUCCUCAUCAUCAACCACACCAAGGCACAGACCCUGGAGUUCUACCAGAGCACGCAGAAGGAGAAGGACGAGCUGGGGCCCGGGCAGGCGGUGUACUACACGUGGGCGGAGCCUGCCGGCUCACGCACGCUCAACUGGAAGUGCGGGAACCACACGGGAGAGCUGCGCAACGAGGAGGAUUUGCAGCUGGAUGUGGACGGGAAGGGGAACCUGUUCCUGGUCUCCUUCUACGAGGGCCUCCAGCGGGUGGCGCUGUUCACGGAGGACAGCCGUGUCUACAAGCUGCUGUGGGAGAGCGAGAAGGCCGAGCCGGCCGAACAGGAAGUGGUCCUGUCCCUGCAGGAGGUGGGGGUCUCUCUGGUCAACAACAACACCAGCCAGGAAGUCUCCUACAUCGGCAUCACUAGCUCUGAUGUGGUGUGGGAGUCGAACGCGAAGAAGAAGUCUCGCUGGAAGCAGAUGAGCCAUAAGGACGCAGCUCAGCUGGAGCGCCACUUCCUGGAAUACAUCGAGAACAGCCCAGUGGACAACCUGAUCCUGGACCUGGAGAACAACAUGCAGGUCUCCCUGACCCCCAGCGGUAAAGGAAUGAAAGUCCUGCAGCCGUACCUGUCGGACCUCAGGAGGAACUUCCUGCCGGGGGUGAAGGUGGAGUACAGCGUCUCCGCCCGCCAGAGGGCCUACCGGGUUCAGAUCAACCGCAUCCAGAUCCAGAAUCAGCUGCCCGGAGCCAUCUUCCCCUACGUAUUUUACCCCAUCAAACCCCCCAAGUCCGUCACCAUGGAAUCAGAACCCAAACCCCUGACUGACGUCAGCAUCGUCACCAGAUCUGCUGGCCAUUCGGACAUUUCCAGGAUCAAAUAUUUUAAGGUUCUGAUUCAGGAGAUGGACCUGAAGCUGGAUCUGGGCUUUCUGUAUGCCAUCAUGGACCUGUUCACCCCGGAGAACGUCGGCAUUAUUUCGUCUGAGCAGGAGGUGGAGCUGUUUGAGAAGGAUAUCGAGUAUCUGAAAACUGAACUGAAUCAUGCCUCUGCCACCGACACAUCUCCCAUCAGUCUGUAUGAGUACUUCCACAUCUCCCCCAUCAAACUGCACCUGAGCUUCUCCCUGAGUUCGGGGGGGGACGAUGGCAAUAAGGAGAAGAGGGAGACGGAGGUCAUACCGGUGCAGUCCCUCAACCUGCUGCUGAAGAGCAUCGGCGCUACGCUAACCGACGUGCAGGACGUCGUCUUUAAGCUCGCAUUCUUUGAGCUGCAGUUCCAGUUCCGCACCACACAACAGCUCCAGUGGGAGGUCAUCAGACACUACUCCAAACAGGCCAUUAAGCAGAUGUACGUUCUGGUUCUGGGGCUGGAUGUUUUGGGGAACCCCUUCGGCCUGAUCCGGGGGCUCUCUGAGGGGGUGGAGGCCUUCUUCUACGAACCUUACCAGGGUGCUAUCCGAGGUCCGGAGGAGUUUGCGGAGGGCAUGGCUCUGGGAGUGAAGGCGCUGGUGGGCGGUGCUGUGGGGGGCAUUGCUGGUGCUGCCUCCAGGAUCACGGGCGCCAUGGCGAAGGGAGUGGCUGCCAUGACGAUGGAUGAGGAAUACCAGCAGAAGCGGCGGGAGGCCAUGAACAUACAGCCAAGCGGUCUGAGGGAGGGUCUGACCCGCGGCGGCAAGGGGCUGGUCUCCGGUUUUGUUAGUGGAAUCACAGGAAUCGUCACCAAGCCCAUUAAAGGAGCGCAGAAGGAGGGUGCGGCCGGGUUCUUUAAGGGGAUGGGGAAGGGGCUGGUGGGGGCAGUGACACGCCCCACGGGGGGCAUCAUCGACAUGGCCAGCAGCACCUUCCAGGGGAUCAAAAGGGCGACGGAGACGUCUCAGGACGUGGAGAGCCUGCGGCCACCGCGGUUCUUCCACGAGGACGGAGUCAUACGCCCGUAUAAGGAGAGGGAGGGCGUCGGCAGCCAGAUAUUACAGAGAAUUGAAAAUGGAAGAUUUGCCAAAUAUCGAUACUUCGCUCAUGCCAAGGUGAACGAAUCCGAUUUCCUGAUGAUCACUAAAAGCUGCAUAUUCUUCGUGACGAAAGGAACGUUCGGGCAGCUGACCUGCGAGUGGCAGUACUGCUUUGACGAGUUCACCAAAGAGCCAAUCAUUGUUGAGGGGAGGAGACUACGGAUUGAAGCCAAGGAGAGAGUCAAGUCCGUGUUCCAUGCCAAAGAGUUUGGGAAGAUCAUUAACUUCAAAACUCCAGAAAUAGCCACGUGGGUUCUGGCCAAGCUAGAAGACGCAAGGGAGAGCCUGCCAAAAUACUGACCAGUGACUUCACGCCACCCAUCUCACAUGACUCAACACAAACCACGAUGACCCAAUAGGACCCAGUCAAAAUGGCCUGACACAACCCAGUACAGCUCGACGCUGAAAAACACAACCCGGUGUGAUCCAUGACAAGCAAAUAAGAGCCAAAAGAAGUCCGUAGAAUCCAGUACAACCCUGGUCGAAUUUGCCAGAACCCAGUAAGAUGCAAUUAGACCCAACACAACAUAUUAUGAUCCAGUAUGAGCCAACAUGACAAGGAGUGGCUCCAACCAAACCACUAGAAUUACAUUCAACUUAACAGCUUGACCCAGAAUGACCCAACAAGGCUACACAAAAUUAUGCAAUCCAACGUGGUUUAAUACAACCCAGCACAAAGAAAAUGACCCUGUUUAGUUCAACCAUGACCCUACACAUAUACUCUAAAAAAUGCAAUGCAGCCAGUGUCCUGGAGAUGGCGCUAUUGAGCAAAGCCCCACAUUCUCUCUCAGUGCCUUUAGUCCCUAAUGCAUGGAAGCAGAUCUGUUGUGCUGAAGUAUUUAGCAGUCUGCAGAUGAUUUGUUUGUACAAACUUGUUUGCUGUCCAAUAGGAGUAUCUCCUGUGCCUCAAGUUUAUAUUUUUAUUUUUGAAUUCUCUCCUUUUUUUGGGGGGUUUCUUUUCUUUUUGUGAAGUGGCAGGUGCUCUUGGGCUGAUUGAGAACAGAGGGGUGUGUGACAGUACCCCCCCCCCCUCCUUUAACCUCGCGUGGUUUAACCAAGACCAUGAUCCUUUGCAAGGACAGGACUGUUACACGGAGACUUUUCAGUCAAGUGCCAUGGCCCCCCCACCUGUACCUGUGAAAGUGCCACGCCCAUUCUCCUCGUCCUUCAUCUGUCCGCAGUUGUGUUUUUCUACGGAGGACUUCUUACUGCCAGUUGUCUCGUGACCUUCUGCUACACGCCGAGCUCUUGUUUCCACCCUCCAAACCCACGGCACGGCACGGCACUCAGAAAGAAGUGGGUUGCCUUGAAGAAUGGCUGCAGUGUUUACUUCGAAACUGGGCAAUGUCAGUUUCAGGAGCAGAGUGCCGCAGUGCCCGUAUGCAUCCGCAGGGGUUACAUUCCAAACGGCCGUGAAAUGAACAUUGACGUCGCGCAAAUCUGUGAUUCGGGCAAAUGUGGCAGUUGUUCAAUCUAAUGCAGCUUCUUAUCUUGGCUCCAUGGGUUUGGACUGUUGGGAUCGAGCACCCAGAAAGCAUACUGCUCACUGCUGGGUGUGUGAGGAUUCGUGGGGGAGAAAACUCAGUAACCCACUAAAAGCAGAGUAAAGAUGAAGUUAACUGACAGAUCUGGUGGCUUAUGGCCCUCAGCUUGGGCUGUCUGGAGAUGACUGCCAUUGAUCUAUAGUGGAAGCCAUUGUGCUUAGUGGGAGCCAUUUUGCUUAGUGGAAGCCAUUUUUCUUGGUAGAAGCCAUUGAGCUUUUGUGCAAGCCGUUGAGCGUUUGUGGGAGCCAUUUUGCUUAGUGGAAGCUAUUGAGCAGUAGUGUAAGCCAUUGAGCUGUGUGUUCAUAAAGCCACAGGGAAAGGACAUGGUUUUCAUCUCAAUGUGUUUGGCCGUGAUACCUGAGGUUUGGGCGUAGUAACCAUAGUAACCGUAGUGUUACCUGAACCCAGAAUCAGAGACGCCCCAUUCCAAACACAUACCUGUACCAACAGGAGUGGAAAUACACUCAUUCACACAUAUUCUCUCUUACACACACUCACAUACACACACACAGAAGCUCACAUACACACACAAGUUCACAUAUACACACAUCCACACGCACAAUCACAUUCGCUCACAUAGACUCACGCUCACAAACACACUCACACAUACUCGCAUGCCUCACGUACACACUCUUGCUCGCUCUCAUACACACAGACAGACAUUAAUACGAACACAUACACACACUUAUACACACUCCUAAACACACAGCCGCAUAUACUCAUUCACAGGCACGUACACUAACCCACCCACACACAUAUUUGUGCUCCUGCAUGCAAAGUCUGGAAGUUUCCGGUGUCUAAUCUGCAGAAGCAUGUUAUUUUUAUAUUUGCGUAGAAAUUCCGACUGUACCAUACUGGGUUAACCCCCAACCUGCUGUGUGCUUUUACGACACUACGUGUAUAUAAAUAUUCAACUGUAGACUGCCAGGGUAUGGAUCUCACUGCAUAACACUAGUAAGUGGCUGUUGUCAUGGUUUUAGUGCACCUGGCGUCGACUUGAGUGGUGCUUUGCAAUGGAACAGCGAUGGUCAGUGAGGAAGAGGAGGGUGAAUACCUGAACCAUGCAGGGUUCACUACCUGCCAGUAAUCAGCCACAGGAAUCCGCUUUUUUAAUUUCUAGAUUAAAUGAAAGCACUAGAUAUAUUGAGUGAUAUGUUGGCUUACACGAAGAAUGUUGUAUUGUCAGCCGGUGGAAGAGAAAAUAUGGCGAUGCUUAAAUUAUUAUUCCACGACCACGAUUUUUACAAUAAAAAAAUGAAAGUGUC